AUGCAUUCCCUGCUGUCUGUAGUUUCUGUUGAGCAUGUCAUAUUCUUGCAACUAAUUGGUUCCCCUGACAUUCCCUUAGAUCUCUCUGUCUUCAGUUCCGUUUCCGGUAGAUCAGCUCCAGCUCUUAUCCUUACGUCUGCAAAUUUCCAUGGAAUUCGGAUCGAUAAUUCUAUUGGCCGACGGCUUCGGAUUCCCAACAGUUCCGGCUUAGCAUCCCAGAAGUUCUUCGACAUUUUUUCUUUGUUUCUCUGUCCUUCUAUCGAUCUAUUCAUCUCUCUCUCUUCCUCUCUUUCUCUCUCUCUUUCUCUCUCUCUCUCUCUCUCUCUCUCUCUCUAUCUAUCUAUCUAUCUAUCUAAGUUUCUUCAUCUAUCUAUCUAUCUAUCUAUCUAUCUAUCUAUUUCAAUCUUUUCAUUAUCUAUCUAUCUGUAUCUCUAUCUCUCUGUCUGUCUGCCUGUCUGUCCUUUUACUAUCUAUCUAUCUAUCUAUCAUUUCAUUAUCUAUCUAUCUAUCUAUCUAUCUAUCUAUCUAUUUCAAUCUUUUCAUUAUCUAUCUAUCUGUCUAUCUAUCUCUCUGUCUGUCUGUCUGUCUGCCUGUCUGUCCUUUCACUAUCUAUCUAUCUAUCUAUCUAUCUAUCUAUCUAUCUAUCUAUCAUUUCAUUAUCUAUCUAUCUAUCUAUCAUUAUCUAUCUAUCUAUCUAUUUCAAUCCUUUCAUUAUCUAUCUAUCUCUAUCUCUCUGUAUGUCUGUCUGCCUGUCUGUCCUUUCACAUCUAUCUAUCUAUCUAUCUAUCUAUCUAUCUAUCUAUCAUUUCAUUAUCAUUAUCUAUCUAUCUAUCUAUCUAUCUAUCUAUCUAUCUAUCUAUCUCUCAAUCCUUUCAUUAUCUAUCUCUAUAUCUCUCUCUCUGUCUGUCUGUCCUUUCACUAUCUAUCUAUCAUCUAUCUAUCUAUCUAUCUAUCUAUCUAUCUAUCUAUCUAUCUAUCUAUCAUUUCAUUAUCUAUCUAUCUAUCUAUCAUUAUCUAUCUAUCUAUCUAUUUCAAUCCUUUCAUUAUCUAUCUAUCUCUCUAUCUCUCUGUAUGUCUGUCUGCCUGUCUGUCCUUUCACUAUCUAUCUAUCUAUCUAUCUAUCUAUCUAUCUAUCUAUCUAUCUAUCAUUUCAUUAUCUAUCUAUCUAUCUAUCUAUCUAUCUAUCUAUCUAUCUAUCUCAAUCCUUUCAUUAUCUAUCUCUAUAUCUCUCUCUCUGUCUGUCUGUCCUUUCACUAUCUAUCUAUCUAUCUAUCUAUCUAUCUAUCUAUCUAUUUCAAUCCUUUCAUUAUCUAUCUAUCUAUCUAUCUAUCUAUCUAUCUAUCUACUUCAAUCCUUUCAUUAUCUAUCUAUCUAUCUAUCUAUCUAUCUAUCUAUCUAUCUAUCUAUCUAUCUAUUUCAAUCCUUUUAAUAUCUAUCUAUCUAUCUAUCUAUCUAUCUAUCUAUCUAUCUAUCUAUCUAUCUAUCUAUCUACUUCAAUCCUUUCAUUAUCUAUCUAUCUAUCUAUCUAUCUAUAUAUCUAUCUAUCUAUCUAUCUAUCUAUAUAUCUAUUUCAAUCCUUUCAUUAUCUAUCUAUCUAUCUAUCUAUCUAUCUAUCUAUCUAUCUAUCUAUCUAUCUGCUUCAUAUUCCGUUUCUUUCUGUCUUUCCGUUUCCAUUACGACUGCAGACAUUUCUUUUACUUCCGAACUCCAAAUUCUAUCCUGAACUUUUUCCUUAAUUCAUAUCACUUCCCUUUCUUCGUACCACCCACCCAGUCAGCCAAUCAAAUGAAUCGUCUGUAUUCGGAACAUGACGCUUCUUUGCUCUUUUUCUUUCUUUCUUUCUUUCUUUCUUUCUUUCUUUCUUUCUUUCUUUACCCCUCUUUCGGCUAUUUCUCCUGCCCUUCCUUCUUUCUUUCGUUUUCUGCUUUUCUUCUUUCAACGAUAUCUUUCACCAUUUCUUUCUUUCUUUCUUUCUUUCUUUCUUUCUUUCUUUCUUUCUUUCUUUCUUUACCCCUCUUUCGGCUAUUUCUCCUGCCCUUCCUUCUUUCUUUCGUUUUCUACUUUUCUUCUUUCAACUAUAUCUUUCACCAUUUCUUUUUUUUUCUUUCUUUUCUUUCUUUCUUUCUUUCUUUCUUUACCCCUCUUUCGGCUAUUUCUCCUGCCCUUCCUUCUUUCUUUCGUUUUCUACUUUUCUUCUUUCAACGAUAUCUUUCACCAUUUCUUUCUUUCUUUCUUUCUUUCUUUCUUUCUUUCUUUCUUUCUUUCUUUACCCCUCUUUCGGCUAUUUCUCCUGCCCUUCCUUCUUUCUUUCGUUUUCUACUUUUCUUCUUUCAACGAUAUCUUUUCCAUUUCAUUUCUUUCUUUCUUUCUUUCUUUCUUUCUUUCUUUCUUUACCCCUCUUUCGGCUAUUUCUCCUGCCCUUCCUUCUUUCUUUCGUUUUCUACUUUUCUUCUUUCAACGAUAUCUUUCACCAUUUCUUUCUUUCUUUCUUUCUUUCUUUUUUUCUUUACCCCUCUUUCGGCUAUUUCUCCUGCCCUUCCUUCUUUAUUUCGUUUUCUACUUUUCUUCUUUCAACGAUAUCUUUCACCAUUUCUUUUCUUUCUUUCUUUCUUUUUCUUUUUCUUUUUCUUUCUUUCUUUCUUUACCCCUCUUUCGGAUAUUUCUCCUGCCCUUCCUUCUUUUCUUUCGUUUUCUACUUUUCUUCUUUCAACGAUAUCUUUCACCAUUUCUUUUCUUUCUUUCUUUUUUUUCUUUCUUUCUUUCUUUCUUUCUUUCUUUCUUUUUUCUUUACCCUCUUUCGGAUAUUUCUCCUGCCCUUCCUUCUUUCUUUCGUUUUCUACUUUUCUUCUUUCAACGAUAUCUUUCACCAUUUCUUUCUUUCUUUCUUUCUUUCUUUCUUUCUUUCUUUCUUUCUUUACCCCUCUUUCGGCUAUUUCUCCUGCCCUUCCUUCUUUCUUUCGUUUUCUACUUUUCUUCUUUCAACGAUAUCUUUCACCAUUUUCUUUCUUUCUUUUCUUUCUUUCUUUCUUUCUUUCUUUCUUUCUUUCUUUACCCCUCUUUCGGCUAUUUCUCCUGCCUUCCUUCUUUCUUUCGUUUUUUUUUUCUUCUUUCAACGAUAUCUUUCACCAUUUCUUUUCUUUCUUUUUUUUUCUUUCUUUCUUUCUUUCUUUUUUCUUUCUUUCUUUACCCCUCUUUCGGCUAUUUCUCCUGCCCUUCCUUCUUUCUUUCGUUUUCUACUUUUCUUCUUUCAACGAUAUCUUUCACCAUUUCUUUCUUUCUUUCUUUCUUUCUUUCUUUCUUUACCCCUCUUUCGGCUAUUUCUCCUGCCCUUCCUUCUUUCUUUCGUUUUCUAAUUUUCUUCUUUCAACUAUAUCUUUCACCAUUUCUUUCUUUCUUUCUUUCUUUCUUUCUUUCUUUCUUUCUUUCUUCUUCUUCUUAUUAUUAUUAUCUUUUAGCUUCUUUCGUUCUUUCAUUAAACUUCGGUUCUACUCCUUUUUUUUUCAUUACUUUUCACUUGAUAUUUCUUUUUUAUCAUUCCUUUUAAUUUUUUCUUCAUUUCAUUCCUUCAUUUCUUUCUGCUUCUUUGCCUCUUAUUUCUUUCAUUAUAUAUUUUUAUUCUGA